AUGACACCAGCAGCUUGUGGUGCAGUCAUGCCUGUUGCAUAUGAUGACUUUGUCUCUGCUGGAUCUCUUGCCGCAGCUAGAGAGAAAGGACUUUUGAGAUCAGAGGGUAAAGAGUAUAUUGUUAAAGAAGGAGAUUUGAUGCUUUUCCACUUCAACGUAUAA